UUAUUUAAUUUCUUUUUAUUGCAUUUAUUUGUUUGUAUUCACCGGAAUAAUAAAAAUGAGAAAAUCCGAGCGCUGCUUUUGGCUGCUCUCCACCAACCUGUCAGUGACGCAAGCGGAGACUACUUAAAGGCAGAUUAGAGGCAGCAAGACAUUAAAGCCAACCUUCCUCCCUCCACGCCGCCGGUCCGCCCGCCGCGCCGCGCCACGAUCCGAGCGGGCCGGGCCGUGGCGGCUGCCGAGCGGCGCCGAGCCCCGCGGAGCCGAGCCGAGCCGAGCCCGGAACCCUCGGCAGGGCUGAGCCUCCAGCCGCCCUCCCGCCGCCGGACUGCGGGCGGUACAGACGGGCUGCUCUUCGGUUUGUUUUCCCUCCCCCUGAAAAAAAAAAAAAAAAAAAAAAAAAAAAAUAGGAGGGGUGAAAAAAGGCAGAAGUGAAGAGAUCCCCUACGCUUGCCAAAGUCUUUGUCUCCGGAUGAACAGCGAUGGGGGAAUGGACUAUUCUAGAGAGGCUACUGGAAGCUGCCGUGCAGCAGCAUUCUACUAUGAUAGGGAGGAUCCUGCUGACCGUGGUGGUGAUCUUCAGAAUUCUCAUUGUGGCCAUUGUAGGGGAGACGGUGUACGAUGACGAGCAAACGAUGUUUGUCUGUAACACGCUGCAGCCAGGCUGCAACCAGGCUUGUUAUGACCAGGCUUUCCCCAUUUCGCACAUAAGGUACUGGGUGUUCCAGAUCAUCAUGGUGUGCACUCCCAGCCUGUGCUUCAUAACGUACUCCGUUCACCAGUCUGCUAAACAAAGGGAACGGAGGUACUCCACUGUCUUCCUUACCUUGGAAAGGGACCAGGAUUCAAUGAAGCGUGAGGACAGUAAGAAAAUCAAGAACACGAUUGUCAAUGGGGUGCUGCAAAACACUGAGAACUCCACCAAAGAGGCAGAACCAGACUGCUUAGAAGUGAAGGAAAUCCCCAAUCCUGCUAUCAGAACUACAAAAUCAAAGAUGAGGAGGCAAGAAGGCAUUUCUCGAUUUUAUAUCAUCCAAGUGGUCUUUCGAAAUGCCCUAGAGAUUGGAUUCCUAGUGGGACAGUAUUUUCUGUACGGAUUCAAUGUCCCUUCCAUGUACGAAUGUGACAGAUACCCUUGCAUUAAAGAAGUAGAGUGCUAUGUCUCUAGACCCACUGAGAAGACUGUAUUCUUGGUAUUCAUGUUUGCUGUCAGUGGGAUUUGUGUGGUGCUUAAUUUGGCAGAACUGAACCACUUGGGCUGGAGAAAGAUCAAAAUGGCAGUGAGAGGAGUACAGGCAAAAAGGAAAUCCAUAUAUGAAAUCAGAAAUAAGGACCUGCCAAGAAUGAGCAUGCCUAACUUCGGCAGGACUCAGUCAAGUGACUCAGCUUAUGUGUGAGGCUGUGACAGAACUGAAACACUGUGCCAGGUGGAACAGACCCAGAUACCAUUAGAGAAAGGUACAUUGCUUAGGCAAGCAUUUUAUCAAACCACCAAGAAAGCCAUUAAGGUAUUGGAUCUGCACUUACUGAACUAGCUGCAAAAUGCAGUGCUAUGUAAAAGACUGAGAAAACAGCUAUAAUACCAUGCUUGACCUAGCCUUACAGCACAGCUACUAUUAUUCCUACUUUUCUUUCUAAUGAUUGGGUUUUAUCUGUCAGUGAAGCAGCUUUUUGAUCGUCAUUAGGAUGUUUACAGUUUGAACUGUCUGACUAAUUGUUGUAAAUGUGUAGAAUGUUCAUAUCAAAAACUCUGCAAGGAUACUCUAUAUGGGGCGGGGUGGGGUGGGGGACACUGUUGCAAUGUGCAGGCAUAAGCAUGUUUUAAAAGGAGGGUAAGCACACUGUAAGGAACCUAACCACAGCUCAGUCAGGAUAUCUGCGUUCACCUAUCUCACAGAUGUCUUAUUUUGUUUGUCGAAAUCACAGACUUUAUUCCUGGUGUGUAUUACUAGCUAUUUGCUAUCAUGGUUUGUGCAUCAAUUAGUCAUGCUAAAAAUAAAUGCUGAAUAUGAUUUUGCCAUUUUUUCUUUGCCUGUCCACACACACACACACACACACACACACAUGCACACACACACACACACACACACCAGAGACCUUAAUCAUCUUGCAUUAGUUGUGAUCUGCAGAAUAUAUAUCAGUACAUUUCGAUUGAUUCCCUAAUAUGUGCAUGAAUAAGAUGGAGUAGGUUCAUGCCAUCCGAGUUAUGCAUUUACCUAUGAUCACUUAUGAUGACACACAUACCAAAGGAAGAGAGUUCAUUGCAUUUAACUGUGAAUAUAUCAUCUUUUCUCUGCUCUUAUUUAUAUAAGUGCCAUACUUGAAACAGCUUAUUCUGUACUUAGUCAAAAGGUUGUUUUGGGAUACCAGCUGGAGUGAAAUGAUUUUAUACUCUCUUUUGUUUAUUUUAUGGUAUUUGUUUAGUCCUUGCAAUGGUGUAAAAAGCAGCUAAAGUAUCUAUUGAUAAAUAAAGUACUUGCCUUUUUUUUUUUUUUAAUUUGUAAGCCAGAGAGAUUUGUUUUUCUUUAUUCUUGUAUACAAUAGUAAAAAACUUUACAGGGUUAAAAUAAUUGACCUACAAUUAUUCUUCAGGGUUUAAAAUGUCUUGUUGGUAUUCUAAGCUCUAAGCAACAAAUCCUGGGAAAUCAGGACUGUUUUUAAUGUCUAUUUUCCUCCUUAAGCAAGCUUCCUCUGUCUUUAAAGCCUGAUCCAAAGCCCACUGACACCAACAGCCUUCUUUCUGCUGACACUAAGGGCAACAGAGUUGGCUGCCAAGGUCACUCCAGGAAUAGCCAGAAUACAUUUAGCCAUAAAGGAAACAAUUGCAGGUUUUCAUCAGGGAAUCCAAAUAGUAACCUCAGCUUUUCUGCCUUACAGCUGGUUUAAGAAAUACAUUGUUCAUGUCCCAUCAACUUACUGGUAAGCCACUGGGGCAGUCUCAAAUGAAUCUCUGUUAACAGCAAUUAUCUUAAUACAGAAGAGUUUUGCUAUUCUAUACUAAGUUUUACUUAAUGAUUUUUUAAAACAUUUUUUUAAAGUUCCUUCUGAAUUCAACAGAAAAUAUUUCUCUGGCAACAGUAGGAGUUGGAUCAGGACUACAAAACAUACAAGUGCAUUUCUAACUAAAUAGUAUCUGCCCUUUAAAGAAAAGGGCCAAAAUGGUGCUGGAAAAUUUGGGGUACUUUAUAAUAUAAGAAGGAGACAUGGGCUCAGAGUCACAAAUGGCCUUUUGAUUGUAUUUUAUGCCAAGCCUGAAAAUGGAUUUUAUCAUGUAUUGGCUUGGAGAUGAUGCAUAUAAAUCUUUUCCUCUUGGCUUACAACAAAUACCUUAACAUUCCAUUCUUGUCGUUUGCAAGCAUUGUCACUUUAAAAAAUGUUGAUUAAUUCUUAGAUAGUCUAUCCAUUAUCACCUUCAUCUGUUGUCUUUUUUCUUCCUCUGUGAAGCAUUAAAGGACUUUGAGAUGUGUCAUGUUUUUAAAGAUUUUAAAAAUAUUUUUCCUUAUGUAUAAAUUUAAGAGUUUUCCUGAUUUGAUUAUAGAAACCUCUAAAGAUGGAUUUCUCAAAUUCUUGGUGAUAAAAACGCACACUGACAUUGCUAGUUGACUGCAUGCUCACUGGAAAUAACUGCAUGUUAUUUUUAGAAGGACAACAUGGCAGCUAAAAUCUCCAUCUGCAAAAUAACAAGCUUCUGAAGAUUAUUAUUUGACACACAAAUCCAAGUCUGAUUUUCAUUUUGCAGAGUCCUGGGAUGGUUUUCAAAAUCUCAUUUUGAGCAGAUAUUGAAAGGAAAAAUAUUCUUUGACAGUUAUAAGCACUCAUUUAAUGUUGAAGAAAUGAGAGAUUGUGUGCAAAACGCUUGAUCCAAUGCAAAUUAAAGUUGAAAAUACAAAAAUCGUACUUCACUGGGCUCUGGUUCAUGUUCAGCAUAAUUUCCUGUUAGGCAGAAGCCCUAAUGCAAGUUUUUUCCAGUGGCUGCAUAGCAGUUUUCAGUCAAACUCUAGUGAAGGUGCAUGUCUUGAAAGUGGUAAGAUUUUAAUACCUUAAAAUUCUAAAGUCAUAUUUAGAAAGUAUCUGUUUAUAUUAGUCAAUGCAAAUGACUCAGUUAAUUUAAUUAUUUUUUAUGUAGUUGUACAUUUGUACUCCAGUAAGUUGGGAUUCUUCAGAUUUGUCCAAAGAGAAGAAUAUCAGGAAAUGUAAAUGCUGAUUUAUGUAACUGGAUCAGUGAUAAAGUAGGCAAAGACUUAAAUUUUGAUCAACAGAAACAUCAUCCACCGUACUUGGAAUAUGGCUUUUCAUAUUUCAGAUGAGAGAUGAAAUGUCUCAAGAGAUCAGUUAUUCUAAUCUUCCUUUUAAAUUGUUAUUUUUCAUUUCUUACCAACUACCCAUUUGUCAUGGACAAGAGAAAUAUAGCAAACACUUUUUUUGUCAAUGUAUGUGAGAAUCAUAUGAUUAAUGCUAAUGGACUGUUUGCAUGAAAGCUGACUAUUCAUUUACAGAAUAAAUGCUUUAAAAUUGUCACAGCAAUGGAAAAGUGUGUUAACUGAACAGAACUGAGUGAACAUGAAGCUGAAGGACACAUUACUGGCUACUUAGGUCUUGCUCCUGCCUCAGUGAAAUUAAUUAGUCUCACCAUUGACAACUCUGUAAGGAUCAGACAUUAAAAAUGAAAAUUGAGUUGA